AUGGAAGAACGAUUAACAUGGCCCUUUUUGCCCAUGAAUCUUCAAGUUCUCUUAGGUGGAAUCUUGCAAAAGAAGCAGCCAUUGCAAGAACCAAGUUCUGCUCCCACUGCUAAAAACAGAUGUGCAAUGUGCCCAAGGGGUAAGGAUCGAAAAACCAAGUCUUCUGCAAGAACCGCCAGAAUUUUGGCGUUAGUGCCUAAGUCUGGUGCUGGUUCCGACAUCGAGAACAGUGAUUCUUCUGAAGAUGAAGUUUAUUAUGCACGCAAAAUUGUGGAAAACACGAUCUUUGAGGGUUCUGAUGUAAGUUCAGAACCACCAUCACUAGGAUCUUCAUUUGUAAAUCUUCAUUUACUUUCGGAUAGUGGUGAAGAUACUGUUUUCAUAACAACUGUAAGCUCGUCAGUGAUUGACUCGAAUAUUAAUUCAUGUCAUCAAGUACCGACCCCAUCUUAUCUUGGUCCAGAUUCACCGUCUAUACUUGCUUCAGUUUCAGUUCCAACUGCUUCAGAUAGCCAAAACCAGCAAAUCAAACACCAAAGUCCACUGGCUACAAACAUUUAA